AAUAAAACAAAAUGCUGCAGCAGCAGCAGCAGCUUGGACAGGUGGAUUUCUCGGUUCGAGGCACCAAAAUAAUUUCUCCCACUCUCUUUUGUUGUAAGCUCUUUAAAUGCAUUUGGGUUAUGGGGUCAUAACAAUUUUCUUCUCUGCUUUGACACACAUUCUGCUCUCUCUCUUUCGUUGCAAAAUAGGUUUUCGAAAUGUUUGUACUGCUUGGUUGUUGAGAAAAUGUUAUGGAAGCAAAGAAGAAACUCGAUUUUUUAUCUUCGAAAACCAGCUCUAAGCUCAGAAACUAUGCUGUUUUGCUGACAUGAUCGAUAAUCUAGGAGACAAAGACAAGUUAUGAGUGGUAAACAAGUUGUUGGUGAUCCAAGUCAUGAUGACGGUGGAGGUGGAAAGAAAGCUGCGGCCAUGAAAUUGGAAAGGGAGGUCAAGCUAGGGGAUAUUAUUUGGGUGAAGCUCCAGGGUAAAUCAUGGUGGCCUGCACAGGUUGUUGAUGAGAAAACUGUUAGUGAAAGCAAUAAACCUUAUAAUAAAGCAGUGGGAGCUGCUCUUGUCAGACUUUACGGAACCUAUGAAUAUUUGUAUGUAGAUAUUAUUAAAAGCCACUUGGAGUUUAAGAUGGUGCUUGAACAGAAUAAUGGUUCUUAUCUUGAAAUAUUUGAGAAAGCUUUGGAGCAGGAAUGUUCUCGCAAGAAAUCUGGCAGAUCAAAAGAGAAACAAUCCAAAUCUACAGGAAAUGUAGUGAAACCAAAUAGCUCUAGUGCUGGGUAUGAUACAAAAGGCAGGAGCCCUCAGAAAGAUGAGGUGCUAAAGAAACAAAAGCUUGAAAGCCCCAACUCUGGGACAGAUGUAUUGAGGAAAUCUCAUGAAUUAAGUGCACGGAGACUGAGAGUGAUGCAAAGUCUCGGUCUGAUUGCACCUUCCGGGUCUCCUUUCGGUAAAAAUGGACAAAUAUCUGUGAGCUUGUGAUAAAUUUGAUUGCAGGAGGUUUUCUUGUCGUGUUGUCGCAUUACCUAGUUUAAAGCCCUUGUGGCUAUUAAAAUGCUGUGCAGUUUCAACCUGUAUUAAGGUAUGAAAUCAUACGCACUUUCAUAUCCAUACAAUUUUAGCUGAUGGAAAGCUUUUCCGCUAGAAUGCGAUGUAACAAACUGUGUAAAGCAUAGUCUCAUAGUUAUUCACUUGGAUUUCUCCA